GAAGUAACGGCGCUUUUCGUGUUGCACGUCAGUGUGGCUGUGCGGCGGUACGGUACUAUCGUUUCGCAUUUGUGGCUAACGUUCACACAUGUGCAUACCUAACUGUAAAUGCCAGUUGGUUUUCGUCUUUGCAACUUUGUGCGCUUUUCUUCUCUGGUGCUAUUACUUCUGUGCGGCUAAAAUGUCGAGAAUGUUGGGUAAACCGAAUACAAAGGAAAACUUGCUAUAUAAAUGGCAAGUGGAGCUGGGCGAGCCUUGUUUGCAACCGCUUGAUGGUUAUAUGCAUUGCACCCUGUGCAAUACGCUGAUAAGUGCCAAUAGGCGUGCGCAGCUCGUGUCGCAUUUGUAUUCUGCUCAACACUUGGGCAUUGAAGUAAAAUCUCCAGAGAAAAAAAAAAGAAAAAUACACACAACAGCAACGGCAACAGCAACGGUGACAACAACAAUAACAACCGAGGCAGAAGAAGCACCUAUAACAAAUGGAGAAACUGAGAACCGUACGAAUGCGGACGAAGGCAACGACAAUGACAUCGACAAAGACAACACUCGCAAUGAUAACGCAUUUGAUCUGGAAUUGUGCGCAGCUUUCAAGUCAGCCAAAAUUCCGCUUGCGGCAUUAAACAAUUCGCAAUUCCGCACCUUUCUUCAUAAAUAUACUAACCGCCCCAUACGCGAUGAGCAAUUCAUGCGCUGGCGUUAUAAUGCCUAAGUUGCAAUUGUGCCUACUACUCCACUAUGAAUAAUAAAA